AUGCCCAGCCUUGCGCAUACGAGCCCAACGGUUGGGAUCGACUCCCCAGACUCUAUGCCUCCUACACCCAUGCCCUUGCCUGCCAACGCGCCACCUCUACAACAAGUCCAAGCAAGAAUCCGAUUGGUAGUUCAAACACUGACCGAGCUGGGAGUAUGUUCGAUGGACGUUCAGCCCGCUAGUGCAAAUCCAGAGCUUCCCGGGGCUGGUCGGAGCAAGAGUGUGCGUGUCCUCUUCCGAGCGAUCACGUUUCGAACGAGAGAAUUGGAGAAACUGUCGUCCAAGUUGGAUAUGAAUGUUCCGUUGGACGUCUUCAGGGAUAUUGACCAGAACAAAAACCCGAAUAAUAUUACCAAGAACUUGAUUGACGAUACUGCAGCCGAGAACCAGUGGAUAAAUGGACGACUGCACGCUAUCGAAAGCUACCGAGACAUGCUGGGCGAAGCCUUGCGCGAGCAUUUCCCGGCAUUACAGCCUCAUUUACCUCCGCCUCCGGGAACAAAUGGGAAACUGGAUGCCGUUGUUGAGGAAGAGGAAGGCAUGAUUAUGGAUUCGUGA